GCAAUAUCGAAGGUCACGUAGAUGGCACGCCUAGCCCCGUACGCCUAAGUUCUCGCGCGAGUUACACUUCCGCCCUUUUGGCUCCCUGAGCAGCGCCAUGGCGGUAGGCAAGAACAAGCGCCUUACGAAAGGCGGCAAAAAGGGAGCCAAGAAGAAAGUGGUUGAUCCAUUUUCAAAGAAAGAUUGGUAUGAUGUAAAAGCACCAGCAAUGUUUAAUAUAAGAAAUAUUGGAAAAACACUAGUCACGAGAACUCAAGGAACCAAAAUCGCAUCUGAUGGCCUUAAGGGUCGUGUGUUUGAAGUAAGCCUGGCUGAUUUGCAGAAUGAUGAAGUUGCAUUUAGGAAAUUCAAGCUAAUUACUGAAGAUGUUCAGGGCAAAAACUGCCUGACUAAUUUCCAUGGCAUGGAUCUUACCCGGGACAAAAUGUGCUCCAUGGUCAAAAAAUGGCAGACCAUGAUUGAAGCUCACGUUGAUGUCAAAACUACCGAUGGGUAUUUGCUUCGUCUCUUUUGUGUCGGUUUUACUAAAAAACGCAACAAUCAGAUUCGGAAGACCUCUUAUGCUCAGCACCAACAGGUCCGCCAAAUUCGGAAAAAGAUGAUGGAAAUCAUGACCCGAGAGGUGCAGACAAAUGACUUGAAAGAAGUUGUCAAUAAAUUGAUUCCAGACAGCAUUGGAAAAGACAUAGAGAAGGCUUGUCAGUCUAUUUAUCCACUUCAUGAUGUUUUUGUUAGAAAAGUAAAAAUGCUGAAGAAGCCCAAGUUUGAAUUGGGAAAGCUCAUGGAGCUUCAUGGUGAAGGUAGCAGUUCUGGAAAAGCUACUGGGGAUGAGACCGGUGCUAAAGUUGAGCGAGCUGAUGGAUAUGAGCCACCAGUCCAAGAAUCUGUUUAAAAUUCAGACAUUUAAUGGUGACAAAUAAAAAAUCUUAUUUGUGAUGUUUAA